ACGUGCAACUGAUUAAAUGCAAGAUGGAUAGGCUGGUACCUCUUUUUAAUGCCAUAGUGACGAAUAUUCCAGGCAAAACAAUAGGCCUAACGUCUCAUAGUGGCGGACCCAGCACUAGUAAAGUUACUCAGUGCAUCAUAAAGCUGUUUAGGCCUGCUUAAUACAUAAAUCUGACGUUCAGUCUCUCUCCAUCUAUUUUCUUCCUUCAGUUCGGAUGAUGCGCAUUCUAACAACACAAGUUUUCCCGGCUCAACUCGCCAGUCCAAAAUGAGUGCCAAACUGUGGACAGAGGAGCAGUUCAAUUGCCCGGUUUGCCUGGAUCUCCCAAACGAUCCUGUGACGAUACCAUGUGGACACAGCUACUGCAUGGCCUGUAUUAAGGAUUACUGGACCAAAGACGACCCUAAAGGCAUCUACAGCUGCCCUCAAUGUCGCCAAACUUUUUGUCCCAAGCCUCCUUUAUCCAGGAACACCAUGUUGGCCGAGGCGGUGGAGCAAUUACGCAAAGGCGCACUGAAAUCGGACGUACGAGAAUCAAUGAGGAGCGUAAGGAGCGUCGCAUCAGUGACAUCCACCAAAUCCAAACUGUCUUCCUCAGCUGUGCCCUGCGAUAUGUGCAAAGGAAAGCAACGAGCUGCUGUUAAAAGCUGUCUAGUCUGCAUGAGUUCUUACUGCGAGUCUCAUUUGAAGCCGCACCAGACGCAAAAGGCGCUAAAACAGCACGAACUCUCGCCGCCCAUCGGGAAUUUGGCGGAAAAAAUCUGCACAGCGCAUAAAUAUCUCCAGGAGUUUUAUUGUAGACCGUGUAAGAUGUUCGUGUGUUGGUUAUGCACGAGCAAUCAGCAUAAAGGCCACGAGUGUGUGUCUACUAAGGCGGAGCGCGCGGAGAAGCAGAAAUUAUUUGGAGACCUUCAGGCAGAAAACUCACAGCGGUUGAAGGAAAGAGAGCAGGAGCUGAAAGAAAUGAAGAAUAUGAUGCAGGGAGUCAAGCGGUCAGUAGACAGGGUGUUCAGCGACACGGAGCAGACCCUCUCAGAGCUGAAGAGGUCAGUGGAGAAACUUCAGGAGCUGCUGGAGGACAUGAUGGACCAGGCCAACAGAGACAAGAUGGAGCAGGCUGAGGAGGUGGUGGAGAGUCUGGAGGCUGAGAUAAGAGAGCUACGAAGACGAGACACUGAAAUGAAAGACCUGUCCCGCACCGAAGACCAUAUACACUACCUACAGACCUAUGAAUCCAUGUGCAGCCCCUUGGAGACCGGAGAGCUCCCCUCCGUCCAUGUGAACCACGAGGUGUCCUUUGAGCCCAUACGAGAUGCAGUUCUGGACCUCAGGGAGAGAGUGGAGGACCUGUGCAACCAAGAACUGGGCAAGAUCAAUAAACAAGUGAAUGACACAACUCUUUUCACACUGGGAGCAAAUCGUGGAGGCGCUAAAGGAGCCAUUUUGAAAUUAUUUUCUGGCCUGGGAACUCGCAAUUCAAACAAUCGCUCCCCUGGCUCCACCCCGAGUCUGUCAUCUGGAGCGAGAAGUGGAGAGAGACGAGGAAUAGGUUUGGGCAGCAAAUUUCCAGAUGUGAGAAGCAGAGAUACUCCACGUGGGAACAGUUCACCCCGACCGAGAGACAGACAGAGAGGACACGAGAGAGAAUCCGUGCGAGACACCAAUUCCGUAGUUAGUCCAAAUCCGAGGUCCAGUCCAAACCCGAGCCGCAGAGAAUCCCGGUCUCUGUGGAGCAGGUCCAGUACCCAAAGUCUGGCAGUGCCCUCUGCUGUCCCAACACACAACUCCAUCCCACAGUCACUGCCUGCGCAAACUGCCCCGCAAGCUGCCAAUACUGCCCCGAGUGGAGGUUUCAGUCGUAUGGCUUCGAUUAGCAGCAUCUUCCGAUCUCGCCGUGGGACAAAUCAAGCCACUCCAGUCGCAGCCAACUCAUUUGGAGGUGGGAUGAGUACAGUGCCUGAAUCACCAAUAGAAGUGAACCCAGGUCUCUUCUUGGACGAUUCACCUACGACUGAAACGGUGAACUAUGCUGCCGCUUUCCCUGGGUUGAGAGAAAUCAGCAUUGACAGUAUCCAGGCCCCGGAACCACGAUCCAGAGAGGAGUUUCUACAGUAUGCUGUAUCUUUAAUCCUCGACCCAAACACGGCUCAUAAGCGAUUAGUUCUCUCCGAAGGCAACACCAAAGCCAGUCUCCAGUCCUCUGCUCAGCCAUACCCCGAUACCCCCCAACGCUUCGACGGGUGGACCCAAGUUUUGUGCCAAAGUGCCCUGUACUCCUCACGCAGCUACUGGGAGGUAGAAUGGAGGGGCAGAGGAUCUUCAGUGGGGGUAGUCUACGGUUCAAUAUCUCGGAAAGGAGCCGAUGCGAGAUCCGGACUUGGAUACAACGUCCAAUCUUGGACUUUGGAGCUGUCGGAUACAUGCUGCGCCGCCAUGCAUGAUAACCAAAAGAAAGAUAUUCCGGUUACGUAUUCGCCAAGAGUUGGGAUUUUUGUGGAUACCUCUGGAGGAAUGUUGUCGUUUUAUAGCGUGGCGGAUAAUAUGACGCUCUUACACACAUUUAGGGCGAAUUUUACCCAACCUCUGUACCCUGCUUUUGGGGUUGGGUGUGGAGUAGGUGUGGGGUUAGAUUUCGCUUUGGGUCAGUUUAGCUCAAGUACAGAUAGCAUUAAAAUAUGUCCCAUGUGAAAAAAAAAAAACAUAAAGCAACUAUUGUCAAGAUUUUAAUUAAAGGUGUACUAUGUAACUUUUCUGGUGAAGGGUCUGCCACUGGUUUUAUUGCUUAAAAAUUCCUUGAUAAACAUGCAUUCUUACUGUGACUGGGAUUGACCUAUAACUUAGCCUGGUGGCCUUAUCAUUUUUGUCUCCAUGGAGAUGAAUAUGUUCCACAGUUUGGCAUUAAACUUUCCAAGCAAAUCAAUAACAUCUUCAUGGAGAACAAGUAGGUAACUGGAAAAAUACUUAUUGCACCUUUUAUGUGGUAAUUAGCAUAUCAAGUUCAUAUUUGACAGAAAUGACAAAUGAGGGAGAAAAUAUUUCAAGAUCAAAACAAAGACUGAAUUAAAAGACUAUUUUCAAAUGAUUGUUUAAUAGUUUUAAAGCAAUGAUUUUUGCAGUUUGUCUGUGUAUAUGACAAAUAAAUCUAAUGCUUUUUGUUAAUUGAGGUAACACAUGGGGUCAAUAAAAUGUAUAGAAAUUAAAUUAUUUAUUGCACAAAAUGUUUUUGUCCAGAUUUUGUAUUGCGUAUAGGGCACUGUUACUGUUUUUAAAAAGAUGUAACUCAACCUGGGUUGCCAGAGCCUUAACCUGCAGAUAGAGGACAUAUAAAGUUCAUUGUCAGUAUAGGAACAGACCAUGUGAAACAGUGAAUGAUUUUGGAGGUUCUGAUCUUUCACAUGACAGGCCUCAUGUGAAAGAUCAGAACCUCAAAUCACUCACUGAGCUGCAGAGGCUGCACUAGCAUUGAUUCAUGAUUGGCGGCAGGAGUUGUUUAGGUAGUGAUGAUUCAGAUCAGAGACCAAUUGAGAGGCUCAUGUGAGCUUUAUUCUGUGCUGAUUGGAUAAUCAUAUUGAGAACUAAAACAUCAAAUUAUAACAAACAACUUGGCAUCAUAUCCAAGAUUUUUGUCAUUCAAAAUAAAUCAACAUAAUUCUUAUCAGUAAAAGUUGUAAUUUGACUUGAACAUGUUUGCAUCACAUCUGGGGUCACAGGUCAUGUUUGUGAAAGUAAAUUAACUUAAUUUGUAAAAAAAUAAUAAAUUUGAAAAAGGUUAUGGCACCUGUAAUGUACAGAGAUUCAUGAAGAAAUCUACAUGUUAUACCGUGUAAAUUAACAGACUUUUUUUUUCAAAGCUUUAUUUAAAAAAGAGGUAACUGAUUAAAAGCCGUUUACAGAGGAUUUUGAAAAAGACAAAACGUUUAGCAUUUUCUAUUUCUAUUAUGAGAUUCGAGCUAGCACUAACCUCACAGUAAAUGUACAGUUCCUAUAUUAACUCUCUAGUCCUUCUCUGUAAAACCAAGGCUAUAAUCAAUGUACAACACAUUAAACUCAAAACAAAAAGCAUAAUAAACGUAACAUGUGCGCUUGUAUAAAAUAAAACAUCACAACC